GAGGAGGAGGAGGAGAGAGCGCGUGUCCGCUGCCCAAUGACAGCGCAGGAUGCUGGGAGACGCUGCUCUGCUCGGGUUGAAUGGAGGCGACAAGAUGCCGUCUAAAAGCGGCGAAGGAGAGGAAUUAACAUCGAUCAAGAUCUGACGUUGAUGUGUUCCACCCAUUAAGACAUGAAAUAAGUCACCCAUGUGCGGUUCCGAGGGCCAGAGCAGUCUCAUUUCAGCGCGCCCCUGUUAAGGACCCCUCUGGUGGCUGCACCGCCGAUUCGCAGGACAUGUACGGCAGUGCCAGAGCUGUAGGGCAUAUAGAGAGCAGCCCCGCACGGUCCCCGCGCCUGCCAAGGUCCCCCAGACUGGGCCAUCGGAGGGCCAACAGCGGGGGCGGGGGUGGUGCGGGGGGAAAGACGCUCUCCAUGGAGAACAUCCAGUCACUCAACGCUGCCUACGCCACUUCGGGGCCCAUGUACCUGAGCGACCACGAGGGCGUGGGCUCCACUGCCACCUACCCGAAAGGCACCAUGACUCUGGGUCGCGCCACCAGCCGGGCCAUGUACGGGGGCCGCGUCACAGCCAUGGGCAGCAGCCCCAACAUCGCUUCAGUGGGGCUGCCCCAUGGCGACCUUCUGUCUUACAGUGACCUGGGCUCCCUCUCCAUGCUGCAGCACCACCACCACCACCACCAGGGGGUGCCCUCCGCUCUGCUGAGGCAGGCGGUGCGGAGCAGUGGUGGGGAGCUGCUGGAGAUGCAGGUCCAGCUCAGGGAUAUGCAGAGGGAGAAUGAGCUGCUGCGCCGGGAGCUCGACCUGAAGGACAGUAAGUUGGGAUCUUCCACCAACAGCAUCAAGAGCUUCUGGAGUCCCGAGCUGAAGAAGGAGAGGAUAAUGAGGAAAGAAGAGGCGGCUCGCACAUCAAUCCUUAAAGAGCAGAUGAGAGUCACUCAUGAGGAGUGCCAGCUGCUGGAUGCCAGGAGAAACAAGCAUCUCCAGAUGACCAUCCAGGCUCUGCAGGACGAGCUGCGCACACAGCGAGACCUGAAUCACCUGUUGCAGCAGGAGGGCGGCAACCGCUCCAUGAACGACCACUUCACCACCAUCGAGCUGACGGAGGAGAACUUCCGUCGGCUGCAGGCCGAACACGACCGGCAGGCCAAGGAGCUCUUCUUGCUGAGAAAGACCCUGGAGGAGAUGGAGCUGAGGAUCGAGACCCAGAAACAGACGCUGGGCGCCAGGGACGAGUCCAUUAAGAAGCUUCUGGAGAUGCUGCAGAGCAAAGGGCUGCCUCCUGGGUCGGGCAGGGUGUCUGAGGAGGAGGAGCAGGAGAGAGCGAGGCGCAUCGCUGAGGCAGAGGCCCAGCUCGGACACCUGGAGGUCAUUCUGGAUCAAAAGGACAAGGAGAACAUCCAUCUGAGAGAGGAACUGCACAGAAGAAAUCAACUGCAUCAGGAUCCGAGCAAAACCAAGGCCUUGCAGACCAUCAUAGAGAUGAAAGACACCAAAAUUGCCUCUCUGGAGCGCAACAUUCGGGAUCUGGAGGAUGAGAUCCAAAUGCUGAAGGCGAACGGCUUACUGAACACAGAAGACAGAGAGGAGGAGAUCAAACAGAUGGAGGUCUACAAGAACCACUCUAAGUUUAUGAAGUCCAAGAUUGACCAGCUGAAGCAGGAGUUGUCAAAGAAGGAGUCGGAGCUGCUGGCUUUGCAGACGAAACUAGAGACCCUCAACAACCAGAACUCAGACUGCAAACAGCAUAUCGAGGUGCUCAAAGAGUCUCUCACUGCCAAGGAGCAACGUGCUGCCAUCCUGCAAACAGAGGUGGAUGCUCUACGUCUGCGUCUGGAAGAGAAAGAGUCCUUCCUGAACAAGAAAACCAAGCAGCUGCAGGACUUGACGGAGGAGAAGGGCACUCUCGCCGGAGAAAUCAGGGACAUGAAAGACAUGCUGGAGGUCAAAGAAAGGAAGAUCAAUGUCCUGCAGAAGAAGAUUGAGAACCUUCAGGAGCAGCUGCGGGACAAAGACAAGCAGCUGGGGAAUCUAAAGGACAGGGUCAAGUCUCUGCAGACCGACUCCAGUAACACAGACACUGCCCUGGCCACCCUGGAGGAGGCGCUGUCAGAGAAGGAGAGGAUUAUAGAGCGUUUAAAGGACCAAAGGGAGAGGGAAGACAGAGAACGUCUGGAAGAAGUCGAGUCCUAUAAGAAGGAGAACAAGGAUCUGAAGGAGAAGGUCAACAGCCUGCAGAUAGAGUUAACAGAGAAAGAGUCCAGUCUCAUCGAUUUAAAGGAACAUGCUUCAUCCCUGGCGUCCUCUGGCCUCAAGAGGGAUUCAAAGCUCAAGUCGCUGGAGAUCGCUAUUGAGCAGAAAAAAGAGGAGUGUAGUAAGUUGGAGACGCAGUUGCAGAAGCAAGCUGAGCAGCUAUUCAGUCACAUGAACAAUCCUAAGGCCCACGAGGUGGAGCUGCAGUCCGGUCCCAGGGGGAACCCCGAGUACGUGGACCGGGUGAAGCUGCUGGAGAAGGAGGUGAGCUACUUCAAGGACGAAGCCAACAAGGCUCAGACGGAGGUGGAGAGACUCCUGGACAUCCUGCGAGAGGUGGAGACCGAAAAGAAUGACAAGGACAAGAAGAUCGCUGAGUUGGAAAGCCCCCCUCCCUCUGCCCCCCGCCCCAUCCCUCGUCCCGGUGGCAGAGCUCCCCCUGACCCGCUCCCUUCUGUGUCCGCUGCCCCCCAGCAGAUAGGGGGCAUGGUGUGGGAUUUCCUGGGAAAUCUAGCUCCCAGACAAGGAGGCAAAGACCUGACUAAGAAGGGACCAAAUAUCAAACUGGGACCACAAGGGGACAAGAAGGGCUUAGGACAAGACCUCCGUAAAGACGGCUCCAUGGACGGCGGCCACCAUGUAAAGUUGGAGGAGCUGAUGAACACGCUGGAGAGGACGAGGCAGGAGCUGGAUUCCACAAAGCAGCGUCUGUCUUCCACACAGCAGUCGCUGCAGGAGAGGGACGGCCACCUCACCAACAUGAGACAGGAGCGCAGGAAACAGCUGGAGGAGAUACUGGAGAUGAAGCAACAAGCUCUGCUGGCAGCCAUCAGUGAGAAAGAUGCUAAUAUUGCACUGCUGGAACUGUCUGCCUCCAACAAAAAGAAGACCCAGGAGGAGGUGCUGUCCCUCAAGAGGGAGCGGGACAAACUGAUGCACCAGCUCAAACAACAUCCUCAAGUCAUGUCAGGUCUUCAAGGAGUCAAGUCUCAAACACAAAGCAGAAUGAAGCUGAUAGCCGACAACUACGAAGACGAGCAAUAUCAUCCACAUGGCCCUCACCACCCUCAGACACAGCCCCCGCACGCUCAGCCUCAGCCCCAGCCGCAGUACCCCCACGCUCCCCACGCUCCCCACGCUCCUCACGCUCCCCACGCCCCCCACGCUCCCCAUGCUCCCCACGCUCCCCACACCCAGCAGACUCCAUAUCCACACGCCAUGCAUCCGCAACACCCGCAGCACCCGCAGGCCCCCCAACAGCAGCAACACCCACAGCAGGCACAACCCCAGUACCCUCACCCACAGCACCCACAGCACCCCCAGCAGCACGCUCAGCACCCGCAACCGCCUCCCCAACACCAACAGCACCCGCGCCCACCGCAGCCCCAACACCCUCACCAACAGCACCCACAGCAUCCUCCGCAGCACCCGCACGGACAUCCCCCUCCGCAGCACCCUCACCCUCAGCAUCCACACGGCCCUCCCCAACAACAAGGACCCCAACAUCCACAUCCCCAGCACCCGCAACACCCUCAACACCCUCAGCACCCACAGCACCCACAGCACCCACACCACGCGCAACAUCCACGUCACCCAUCGCCCCAUCAUCGCGGAGGGCCGGCCCGAGGACCCCCGCAUGCUGGUCACCGCCCCGCGCCGGACCAGGAUGACGACGAGGGCAUUUGGGCGUAAUCCUUGCUGUGACAACCAAAGCUCUAAUAUUGUUUUGAGGGAUGAUUCGGUCACUACUGGAGGAGCACAGCCAUGCCACGAUGUUGAGACACUACCCGACCAAACAUUCAUUACCUCCACUCAAUCAACACUCAGCAAUGGGACCUUUGUCUAUUUUCCGGGGAAGAGGAGGGGGCACUCAGG